AUGAAACGAAAAGAUCAAUAUGAACAUCGAAAAAAGAAUGAUUAUAGGGAAAAGAAAAAGGAUACAGAUCCGAAUAAUAAAAUCCAAGAUGUGAAGAUCUUUAGAUGCAAAGAUAAAGGUUUUGUCGAUGAUGAUGAAAGUGAUAAGUCCAAACCAACUCCACCUAUCUUACUUGGGUGGGUUUUCAAGCCAGCUGGUCAUUCUAUCUCAAAUUUUAUUAGCCAACAAAUGUCCUCAACAACCACUUGUAUUAAUAGCUGA